CAGGAUCGACUGCCCAGGGAGUACUUGUACUGGGGUGACAGGAUCGACUGCCCAGGGAAGCACUGUGACUCCUGCGAAGGUCUGGGUCACCAGGAGUCCAGCCUCAGAUGUGCCCUUGAGGAAGCCAUGUUUCUUAAAAGAACUUUUGUCAUGCCUUCUAGGAUGUGCAUCAAUCCUAUACAUAACAAGAAAGGAAUCCUUCAUCAUUCCGAUAACAGAAGUUCAGAGGAAAGGUGGGCAGCAAGCUCUUGUGCCAUGGACUCUUUGUAUGAUAUGGACCUCAUAUCUGAUACUGUACCUGUAAUUUUAGACAAUUCAAAACUAUGGUAUCAAGUACUAUCUACGAGUAUGAAGCUAGGACCUAGGGGAGUUGCCCACGUGGAAGGAAUUAAUCGUGUUGAUCUUAAAGAUGACAGUCAUUACUCAAAUCUCUUGCUCAUAAACCGAACUGCAAGCCGUCUUUCAUGGUUUAUGGAGUGCAAGGAUCGAAACAACCGUAGUGCUAUAAUGUUGCCAUAUUCUUUUCUCCCUUCAAUGGCAUCAAAGGAAUUAAGAGAUGCAGCUGAUAAGAUUAAGGCACUCCUUGGUGAUUAUGAUGCCAUCCAUGUUCGUCGUGGUGAUAAAAUAAAAAACAGGAAGGACAGAUUUGGAGUUGAAAGAAGCCUGCAUCCCCAUCUGGAUAGGGAUACACGUCCUGAGUUUAUCUUACGUAGAAUUAAAAAGUGGAUCCCACCUGGACGAACUAUUUUUAUUGCUUCCAAUGAGAGGACUCCUGGAUUUUUUUCCCCUCUCUCUGUCAGGUACAAAUUGGCAUAUUCAUCAAACUAUAGCCGGAUUCUGGAUCCUUUGAUUAAGAACAACUACCAGUUGUUCAUUGUUGAGAGGGUUAUCAUAAUGGGAGCCAAAACAUCCAUUAAAACAUUCAAGGAGGAUGAAACUGUACUCAGCCUCACUGAUGACCCAAAGAAGAACACCAAAUCGUGGCAAAUACCUGUUUAUACCAUGGAUGAAGAGGGAAGGUGACAAGGCUUGCAUAAGGAGUUUUCUGAUUUAUCUACCACCAAGCUCAUUAUUUCCACUCAUUCCCAUACAACACAAGCACACUAGUUGCAUAUCAGAAAGCUAACAGAGAAAAAUCUACAUUGGGAGGAAAUGAGAGGCUGACCACUUAAAAUCGAUGUUGUAAAUUGUGGUACAAGUUAAAGAUGGGCUUGUAUGUGUUCACGAUAAAUAUGUAUAUCUUUACAGAACAUGCUCAUUUUUGCCACUUUUUACAUAUUUCUGCACUUUCAAGUGUUCACUAGCAAUAUGUUAAUUCAUGCAUUCUUUUCUCUCA